AUGGAAGGCGGCUCUGAGACUAGCUUUGGAGUCUCCCUGGGCCCAGUGGAUGCAGUGCUGGGCCGGAGUCGGAAAGACUCCUCUUCCGGAGGUCAUACACAGCCUCUGACACUUAUUGGCUACGUGGCCCUGGACGAGUCCCGGCACCCGAGAAGCCUUCUGGCAGCCCCCUCACACUAUCCUCCCAGCUAUGGCACUGACCGCCGGCCAGAUCUCCAGGCGUCGCCUCUGCCUCUUGCUCCAGCUCCAGCCCUGGCCCCAGCCGCAGCCGCCUCAGGCUCGGCCUCGGGGCCCCGGGGGGGCGCCCGUUCUCUGGGCGGCAGUGGCGGCGGCGGGAGCAGCAGCGGGAGCAGCGGCGGCCCGGCCCGCACAGCACAGUCCGCUUUCCACAUCCCAAGCAGCAGCAGCAGCAGUGGCCCGUACGGCUCACAGGACUCGGUGAAUAGCACCUCGGACGAGGGCCGCUCGGCCGCCGCCGGGCCCCGCCUCGUCAUCGGCUCGCUGCCCGCGCACCUCUCCCCGCACAUGUUUGGAGGGUUCAAGUGCCCGGUGUGCUCCAAGUUUGUACCUUCAGAUGAAAUGGAUUUACAUCUGGUGAUGUGUCUAACAAAGCCAAGGAUAACCUAUAACGAGGACGUACUAAGUAAAGAUGCUGGAGAAUGUGCAAUAUGCCUGGAAGAGCUGCUGCAGGGAGACACCAUAGCCCGCCUGCCUUGUCUCUGCAUCUAUCACAAAGGCUGCAUAGACGAAUGGUUUGAAGUCAAUCGGUCUUGUCCUGAGCACCCUUCGGAUUAAGCGUCCGAGUCCUGUUUUGUGUUUGGAAAAACAUAAGAGAAGAAGAGGACCAUCUGUCUCUGGGAAAAACCACCUGCAGCCAGAAACAGGAGUUCUGUGGGCCCGGAUCACACAGAUGGACAAUCAGGGAGGUGGUCCCGGGGGAGAGAGGACACUUGGAUGGCCCAGAACUCGCUGCACCAAACACACAUAGAAAAGGACAUGCAGGGAUUCUGAAAAUGCUGCACAUCCCUCCGUCUCAUCUACCCGUAGUUACUGUUGGUAAACAUUUUGUAUACAGAAGCCAAAGUCAACUAAUUCAGAGUGGAUUUCCUUCAUCUUAAAGUUCCUUGAGCUGUAAAUGGAUUUGGGGUUCGGGUGUCAGUUUCUGCAUUCUCUAACAAGUCCCACCAACCUUGAGCAGGAGGAGUUGGGCCGGGGUCUCCAGGGCUUCCGGAAGUCUGCCCAGGGAAAGCGAAAAGCAGAGAACACCCCCCCCUCCCCCCCACAAGAGACCGGGGGAGCUCCUCACGGGAUUCCCUCAGACCUGCUCAAUGGAGGAUCUCCUCCUUCCUCGUUGGGGGAGAAACCCCUGCCCGCAGCGCGGCAGCAGCCCCCGUGCAGCUAUGCAACCUCCUCACCAAGGACCAGUUCUGAGUGCUGCCGGCCCGACCCUGGGAAUUCUGUUUAACGGGUAUUUUUUGUGUUUUUUUUUUCAGGUAAUUCUUUUCUGUACUUUCAUCUCCAGUCUGCCUUUCCAAGUGGGGGCAAAAUAUGAAAACUUAAGAAUAACUGUGCGGGGGUGGGGGGUGCCAAGGGGGGGGGGUCCAAGUUCCUAAAAUUCAGUUUGGACGGAGCUCAGAAUAAUUUGCAGAACAUUUUAUAGAGAUUUUUUUUUUAAAUCAGAAUUUAAUUUGCAUGGCAGAUUCAUAGUAAUUUGCAUCUUUCAUUUUCCAGAUAAUCUGGAGAUUAGCAUUUGAUCAUUUUUUUCCACAAGUACGGAGAUUUUGUUCAUUUCUAAUUUAUUAAUGUAUUGUUACUGUGCUGUGUGUUAAUUUACAGAGGCUUUUAAACAGUCCUGUAGGGGAAUGUGCUGAGGAAUUAUGUGAAUAAAUAAAUACCACUUCCCACAAAAGACAUCUUGAUGGUUUAAACUCGAGGAGAAAUCAGGGCUCUUGAAGCAAAUAUCUUUUUCUAUCAAUACAAUAGUGGUUCCUGCGUUUUCAACCUAGGGACAGUGUGAUCCGGGGAGGAUUCCGCAGUGUGCUCGCUCGCUCGCUCCGUGGAUCUCGGGCAGAAGCCGCACUGGCCGUGUUCUGAGCACACUAAAUACUCCCUUUCCUUGGCCGCGGCCGCCCGGGCACCAGCCUUGCCCAGGAAGCCCGUCCCCCCUCUGGUCGUUGGCUGGCUCAGGGACGCCACACAGACGGCAUCUUCCCUGAAACUACGCUGUGAAUCGAUGCCUUCUGUGACGCUGCAGCUUCCCAAGAAGCCUGAACCACCCCGGGGUGUGGCAGCGCACUGCGCAGGUGCUCCGGGACCACCUCACUACGCUCUUCCUCCGACUUUGGCUCUUACAUUAAAUCGCAAUUGACUGACUCAGUGGUUUCUCAUUUCUAAGUUGUUCUUCCGCACAAUAAUAGCCAUCUAGAAGGGGAAGGACGCCUUCCUUUGGCACUCCGGCGGCAGGCACCGUGCUGAGGGAGGGGCAGAGGUCUCCUAGUCCUUUCUGUCAGUAGCUGUCGGACACACACUGACCCAGUCCGACUUCCGGCAGCCGGGGGACCCUCCAGCCAUGGGGCCCCGAUACUGUGGCCCUCCAGGCCUGGGCUGCAUUUCUCCGCAACUAGCCUUGUGUCUGCGGAUGGUUUUUAUGGCGCUAAUAACGGCCUCUCUCCAGAGCAGAGGCCAGAACCAGGUGAAAUGUCAUUGGGGCGGGAAAAGGUUUAGCAAAUUAAAAAUGCAAUAUAACC